UCACUCACGACAUCCAUUUCGAUGAUAUCGUGCUCGACAUCACACAAAAGAUGACGAAGAAGUUGGAGGACUUGUCGGCCGUAUUGGAGGAGACAUCAGAGCGCGUGAAAGAGCUCUUUCCGGUGUAUCUGAAUAGCGAUGAAAUGAAGACAUUGCGGACGUGUUGUGAUCAGCGGUUGUAUGCAGUCAUGCAAUUUGAUCCGCACUUUAACACACAGGUGACGAGAGCCACGUCUUGUGAUACGGCGCCCAACGUGUUGUCUGACACCUCGUUUGCCCCGGGAAUCAAUUUGACGGAACAGUUGCGAUCCAAUCUCGACAACUGGCCCAACAUUAAGUGGCAGUACUUCAUGUCCGUUUGGGGCGUUCACACCGAAUACCCGGCUUACAUGCCGCUGCCUAACAGUUGCCAUUUGAAUCAAGACAUCAACGAUAUCAAUGCCAUUCCCACUCGUAUGCAAUAUGAUGUCCCAAACGAUGAAUCACUUCAGAGACACCGGGAUAUCUAUUUGGCGACAGUUCUGCCUCAACCCAAGCAUAUAAUGCUGAUCAUAGACAGGGGGUCU